UCAAUCUUUUGAUAAUUUUCUGCUUUGAAUUUCGAAGUUGUUCAAUUUUGAACCAUUUAUCUUGAAAAACUAAUUAAUUUGUUGAGAUUUUUCGCCAGAUUGGACUCUGUUUUGUUUGAAAUCCAGACAGCAACCGGCGUUAACCACGUUAUUGGACUUUACACCGAAACACGAUCGUAUUGUUAUCGGCGUACCCUUAUCGUAUUUCCACUAAUUGAAUAAACAUGGAUGCAUUGAAGAAAGGAUGGUUCAGCGAAGUGAGUGACAUGUGGCCCGGCAUUUGCCUAUCGUUCGAAGUAGAAAAGGUUAUUCACUCGGAGAAGUCUAAAUAUCAAGAUAUCAUGAUGAUCGAAACUAAAAACCACGGUAGAGCUUUGAUACUCGAUGGUAUCAUUCAAUGCACCGAAUUCGACGAGUUCUCUUACCAAGAAAUAAUCUCUUUUUUACCAUUAUGCAGCCAUCCUUGUCCAAAAAAAGUUUUAAUCGUCGGAGGAGGUGACGGUGGAGUCGCUAGAGAAGUUUCCAAACACCCUGCAGUCGAGGAAAUCGACCAAGUCGAGAUCGACGAAAGAGUAGUCGAAGUUUCUAAGCAGUUUUUACCGAGUAUGGCCUGCGGAUACAACGAUCCUAAAGUGAAUUUGAUCAUAGACGACGGUAUCAAGUUCAUGGAAGCGAAUAAAAACAAAUACGAUGUGAUUAUCACCGAUUCAUCGGAUCCUGUCGGUCCAGCUGAUUGUUUAUUCCAACGUAAAUACUUCGAAUUAAUGAAGGAAGCUUUACGUCCCGGUGGUAUCGUCUGCUCCCAAGCAGGCUCCGUCUGGUGUAACUUGGACACAUCCACCAAAUCGUACGAACACUGCAAAAAUGUGUUCGCUAAAAGUGCCUAUGCUUACGCCUGUGUCCCUACUUACCCGAGUGGACAAAUUGGUUUCGUUUUAGGAAGCACUAAUCCGGAAACCGAUUUCCCAAAACCGGCGUAUAUUUUAUCGGAAGAAUUGCUAGAAAAGAAGAAUAUCCGAUAUUAUUCACCCGCAGUGCACACGGCAGCGUUCGCUUUACCUCGUUCUUAUCAGAAAUACUUUGUAUGAGCAGAUGCAGAACCAGCAAGUCGGUAGCUUUCUUUACAUUGCAACUUUUCUCGGCUGUGAGUUAAAUAUUAAUUAUUUAGAGAUGUCAGAAAGGUAAUCUAAUCAAGAACCAUUAUUCAUAUUACUGAUACGGUACUUAGCAUACCCUAUUUAGUCACCUGCAAUCAUGUCCAUUAAUUUAAAUCAUCAAAUAUAUUAUUUCCAAGAUGA